GAAGAGUCUACUGUACUGGUAAUUGGCAUUCCUCUUAGGGCCUGCUGCGUACGACAGGUAUAUUGAGAAGAGAAGUACAUGUAGCUGGCUUGCCGAACAGAAUGCGCCGAUGGUACACGUCGGAUCGUUGUUCAGAAAAAUCUUAAUGCAUUCCAAGCAGGAGCAUCAACGGAUCAAUUUUAUUGUGAUAAAGUUUCAAGUGCUGAAAACAAAGCGCGUCGCCUAUCAGAUGAUGAUUAGCUGAAUAAUUAAUACGCGCGUGCUGUUUAAAUAAAAUUUAGUUGCAAUGCGUAAUUUGGAUAGUUCGAAUAUGCUCCAUGGGAGAUUCGCCCAAUUUAUUGCGGUUUUUACAGGUACAAUCAGCGCCGUGUCCGAUGGAAUGCAAUAUGGUUGGACGGCGCCAGUCAUACCAAUUUUGGAAUCGCCCAACUCGCCGGUACCAAUUACCGAAGCGGACGUGGUAUGGCUCGAAAACAUCUACAUGCUGGGCGGAUUCGCCGGACUGCCCCUCACCAUAUUUAGUGUAGAUAAAUUUGGACGCAAAUACUCGAUACUUAUUGCGGCCGUUCAAAAUGUGGUCGCGUGGUUUCUAAUCGCGUUCGCUCCGUCGGUCGAAUAUCUGUACGUGGCGAGAUUUUUAAGCGGAAUCGCGGGAGACGUGGCGUUCGUUUCGGCGCCGAUGUACAUCGGCGAAAUCGCGGACCAACACAUACGCGGAAUUUUGGGUUCCUUUAUUUAUUUGAUGAUGCUUUUCGGAAUCGUAGUCGUCUACUCCGUCGCGCCUUUCGUGUCGAUUCCAGUUUCGUCGGCGGUGGGGUGCUCAUUUUUGUUAAUUCAAAUACUCUCCUUUCCGUUUAUGCCCGAAUCGCCGUACUACUUGCUUGUAAAGGACAAGAAAGAUGAGGCGAGAAGAUCGUUGCAAAAACUGAGAGCGGUUAUGGACGUGGAAAAAGAACUGGAGGAGAUAUCGAGGGCAGUUGAACGCCAGAAAAGCGAGAGGGGGCACCCCCUGGACUUGAUACUAGUGAAGAGCAAUAGAAAGGCGAUAAUAAUUAUGACCGUUCUGAAUUGUGCCCAACAUUUUAGUAGUAUUAGUGUAAUUUUAAUGAACAUUCAUUCAAUUUUAGAAGAUGCAGCUUCCAUGCUAUCACCCAGCACUGCAGCUAUUAUAUUUGCCGUACUUAUGCUAACGGCAUCUUGUGUGUCAGCAAGCUUGAUCGAUAAAGCUGGGAGAAAAAUUUUACUUUCAAGCUCCAGUAUAUUAACAGGUAUUUCGUUACUUAUACUCGCCUCGUAUUUCUCCGUGAAAAACUCUGGAGUAGACGUCUCGUCUUACAAUUGGGUGCCUGUAGCGUCCGUCAUGCUCUACGCGGUUACUUUUAAGUACGGUUUAGGUAUGGUUCCUAUUGUGAUGACGGCCGAGCUAUUCCCCACAAGCGUAAAGGCCGUUGGUAUGACGGUUUCGGACGCGAUGUAUGUCAUCUUUGCGGUGGUGUCUAUCUACUUAUUCCAACAUUUAAAGGGCCUAUACGGUAUGCACGUGCCUUUCUUUAUAUUCGCUAGUAGUUGUUUUAUCACUGCAGUCUUUACAAUAUUCUGCAUUCCUGAAACUAAAGGAAAAACUUUGGAAGAAAUUCAGCAGAUACUGAAAGGGAACACAACAGAGAAAACCCCUUCGGUUGAAAAUGUCGAAGAAGGAGCAAAUGAGAAAAACGAAGACACUAGACUAUAAUGAAAUUUUCAUUAAUAUAAUUGUUUGUGAUAGUAGUAGGUAUUUUUAUACAUUAGGAAAUCUUAUUUAACGAUUAUUUUUACACACCUGCCCAUAGUGUCGAGAAUGUGUGAAUGCUAGUUUUUAAUUUCUGAUUUAUGAUCAGGUCGGAAAUUAAGAUACGCCUUCGUCAGGAUAUGACUCUACAAUUCGCAUACUUUUACACUUAGAAAAUUUGACUCAGUAUUAUGUUUUGUGUAUUUGUUAUAAACAUCCAGCGGCACAAAUAGCUUUAUUAGUUUACAUAAAAAAAAUUCAUUUUUUAAAAUGUAAAAAUUACCUUUGACGUAAUCCUUAGGUAACAGAGAUAGUUAUACUAUUGCACAAUUUUUCAUAUGAAAAUGUAUUAUUAUUUUUAAGUCUCAGAUUCAUCGAACUUUUUUAAAUUUGAAUAAUAAAUCGCUUUUAUGUCUUUAUGUAGCUAUGCUUUAAUAUAAGGUAUCUUCCUGAGGGGAAACAGUUGUCCCAAUAAAUUGGAUGGAAUAUUAAGUUCCCACCUUGAAUCUGUAAUAAACAGAGGGGUGCCCUUCAAUAGCGUCGAAAAUAGGACCCAAUUGCGUAAGACGCCUGCUGUAUUUAUAGUCCAGUACAAAAAUCUAACCUAUUAUAAUAUUUUUUUUUAAAACUGGCGUUGGAUUUCGAAAAAAUACAUGUACUUGAAUAUAAAUACAGGCAUUAGUCACUUAUGGCUUCAUUAGGAGAAGCGUCUGGAACCAUGUAAUUUUACAAAAUGAUUUUGAUAAACGGCCAAGAAUUUC